CUCUUGAUCCUUACCUCAACAUUCCUAGUCAAUAAUUUGUCACGUUGAUAACACUUGCGGAAGUGAAAAGGACGGUGUAAGGUUGAGUAUGUUAUCUCGUCAGUCGUGAUAUCCGCGUAACGAUCUGUGCUGUUUGGUUCCCUCAGCAAGCAUGGCAGAUCUUCAGAACAUUUCUUAUGGUAAAGCAGAGUUGCAGCCUGAAGCCGUAACUGAUAUUGGUGUGCUGGCAUCCAAGAAAGAACCUCCAGCAGGCUACUAUAUUGUUGCACAAACAACAGAUGGCUUCGACGCCAACCUGUGGAAGGACAGCAUAUUCAAAUCCAAGGUCACACGCUAUCUUUGCUUCACCCGGGCUGCCACCUCCAAAAAUAAGCAAUUAUGCAACGUGGUCGUGGACAUGAAGUUGAUCGACUUGAAGGACUGUUUGCCAGAGGGCUUCACUCCGAUCCAAGACACCACGGAUACCCAGGAGCAGGCUUUGAGGAAGGAGAGACUGUGUGUGAAGUUGGUCCCCAGGCAGAGCGCUGAUAUGGCUAUAUGCGAUGUGGUUAUACAGGGGAAAUCAAAGCACAGCCUCACUAAUUAUACAUUUAUAGGUGAGCUGAAUGGUUUGGGGAUUUGGUAUCAGCUGGGAAAAGUCAUCAAGUCGCAGGAUACAGUGCACAAAACCCCCUUUACCUCUAGUGUUGCCAGAAUACUUCCAGAGUCUCCGGCAUCCAGUCCUACUAAAAAGAACUUGGUCAGGCCAGACUAUGAACACCAAAUCUACAACCUCUACACCAAAUCAGCUAUGGAUGAUAUUCCCUUUAUGAUCUACAAAAAAUCUACCUCCACAUCCAGAGAUGAAAUAGAUCCAGUCCAUUUCUUGAACAUUAGCAUCAAAUCACCACAAGAGAUUGAAGAUGAAUACAACUAUUGUUUCAACACUGAACACAGCGCUGCAGCCUUCACAUGGACUCAGUGACUCAGAAAGUGGAGAUUCACUAUUAACACUGGUAUAAGGAAUCAGACUAACUAACUAAUCUAACUGAAAAUGCAAAGAUCAGGGUAUAUACACAUUAUAUCUUUCUUCUUCCUGGUAUUAUUGGGAACUGUUUUCUUUUCAGAAAAUGUCCCUCCGUCCUUGUACCAUAUAAAGACUUUACAUGAUCAAAUAGAUAAAACUCAAAUGGAUAUAAACCAUUUAUAAAUGUUCUCAGGGAGGUUUUUUUUUGUUUGUUUUUUUUUUAGUAAAGAUUUUUAUUGAUGUGGUCUGCCAUAAAAUAGCCUAUAAUUUUGUUUUUAUUUUUUAAGUUUGAUUUUUAAAGGACAGUAAUUACACUCACAUGAAUAUGAAUUGUUAUUGAAUAUCAUUUUAUUUAGUUUGAGAACAAAAUAUUUUUAAAAGCUCUAGAAUGAUUUUUUGCAUUUGACAUUUUAAUUAAAAAAAAACGUAUAACUCUAGCAUUCUCUAUU